AUGAUUAAAUUCAGACAAAUCUUUUUGAUUAUUCUUGCAAUUGUAAUUCCUGUUGUUCGAGGUUAAAUGGAAGACAUCAGUUUUGGAGAAAAGCAUAUCUACAUUAACACUUUCUAGUAAUAUAUAGAAAAGGUACUUCUGUUCAAUUAAUAAGAUUAUCUUUGGAUCAAUUGGAGGAAUUGUCCAAUAUUUGAUCUGUUGUUCGAUUGUGGAAUACUAUAAUCCAAUGCCAAAGAAUAAAUUACGUCUUUAGAAUAUCUUUAGAGAAAUCAGAUAUGGAAUAGUAUAGCUCAUAUUUGGAUGUUUUGUAUCAAUGGUAUAUAUUGUAUUAACAAAUAUUAGUCCUUUUAUUAUUAUUUAUAUCCCUAUACUCCUUACUAUAAAUAUUUUGAAAACCAUGAUUAUACAGUGUUUCACUUCCUCUAUGGAAUUAUAUUUCAUUGGUUAUGGACUACAUGUAAUUUUCUUUCCUUUAUUUAUUUCUUAUUUAGGUGUUGGAUAUUGGACUCAUAGAAUGCUCCACUUGAAAUAUUUUUAUAAAUACAUUCAUAGUGUCCAUCACUCAUUUAAAGAACCUACUGCCUUUUGCUAUUGUGCUGCUCAUCCUUUGGAAGGAUUUAUAGAAGGUAAUCUUCUCCUCCAUACUGCUGAAUUAAUAUUGCCAAUUCACCCUAUGUAAACUAUGAUUUAUGGAGGAAUGAUGGCUUUCAAUGAUCUUUUUGCCCAUGAUGGAGGGUAAUAUGUUUAGUAAUUUAUUUUAUAGAAAAUAUGAUCAUUCUGAUCACUAUAGACAUCAUCUCUAUUAUGUAGUAAACUAUGGUGAUGCCAAAAUUGAUCGAUUCUUCGGAACUGCAUAUGAUCCUGUAUUUAUAUAUAUUAAUUCUAGAAAAAUUAUCCAGUUAAGGAGAAAUGCACCUACUUAGCUGAUUUUAAGGAUAAAGACCAUCCCUUAUUUUAGAGAUAUAAAUGA